GAAGCAAAAAUAAUGGAAUUUGGAUUGGAUUUUUUCAGUACUUGAAGUUGAGAGGAGAUAGGCUUGAAACCUAACCAUGGUUACCCUCUUAGUUACUUUCGUGGUUAAGAAUUACAUCCACGCCCUAUAAAUACAGCCCUCAUCAUUCGCAAUUUCCUCAUCACCUUCUCCUUCAUUUCUUCUACUUCACUUUGAUGACCCGCCACUCCAUUUUACAUUUAAUUUAGGUUUGCCGAUUUCAUCUCGUCCGAGUCCUCCAAUUUCUGGGAUAAAAAAUGGCGGCCAACGGCGACGGACGCGUGAGCAUGGCUAACGGCGGGACGGGGCGGAACGGUCUGGCGAAGAUUCACACCGAGAAGAGAGCCGACGAAGUCUGCCACGACGACAGCACGACGCCAAUGAAGGCUCAGACGAUUGACGAGCUCCAUUCUCUUCAGAUGAAGAAAUCGGCGCCGACCACUCCACUCAACGGGAGUCAAGGCCCAUUCGGCGCCGUCUCCGAGGACGAGCGCAACAAGCAGCAGCUUCAGUCCAUCAGUGCUUCAUUGGCAUCGUUGACGAGAGAAACAGGGCCGAGGGUGGUGAGGGGAGACCCGGCGAGUAAGUCGGCGACACCGCGGGUUGUGAGCCACCACCACCAUGUGAGCCCCACCAUCAGCGUCAGUGACAGCUCUCUCAAAUUCACUCACGUCCUCUACAACCUAUCACCAGCUGAGCUGUACGAGCAGGCGAUCAAGUAUGAGAAGGGAUCAUUCAUUUCAUCAAGCGGCGCCCUCGCCACUCUGUCCGGCGCCAAGACAGGGCGUUCCCCUAAGGACAAACGCGUUGUCAGGGACGAAACCACUGAGCAUGAUCUUUGGUGGGGAAAGGGAUCACCCAACAUUGAGAUGGAUGAGCACACAUUUAUGGUUAACAGAGAAAGAGCCGUCGAUUACUUGAAUUCAUUGGACAAGGUCUUUGUGAAUGAUCAAUUCCUAAACUGGGAUCCACAGAACCGUAUCAAAGUGAGGAUAGUGUCAGCCAGGGCUUAUCAUUCCUUGUUCAUGCACAACAUGUGUAUCCGACCCUCAGCUGAAGAGCUGGAGAACUUCGGUACUCCGGACUUCACUAUAUACAAUGCCGGACAGUUCCCAUGUAAUCGUUACACACACUACAUGACAUCCUCCACUAGCAUAGAUUUAAACCUUGCUAGAAGGGAAAUGGUCAUCCUCGGCACCCAGUACGCCGGGGAGAUGAAGAAAGGCCUUUUCAGUGUAAUGCACUAUCUCAUGCCUAAGCGUCAAAUUCUCUCACUACAUUCUGGUUGCAAUAUGGGCAAAGAUGGAGACGUCGCCCUAUUCUUUGGCUUAUCAGGCACUGGAAAAACUACUCUGUCCACUGAUCACAACCGCUACCUAAUUGGAGAUGACGAACACUGCUGGAGUGAUACUGGUGUAUCCAACAUUGAAGGUGGCUGCUAUGCAAAGUGUAUUGAUCUCUCAAGGGAGAAAGAGCCAGACAUUUGGAAUGCUAUCAAGUUUGGGACAGUAUUGGAGAAUGUGGUGUUUGAUGAGCAUACCAGAGAAGUGGAUUACUCCGACAAAUCUGUCACAGAGAACACUCGAGCAGCCUAUCCUAUUGAAUAUAUCCCCAAUGCCAGGAUUCCAUGUGUCGCCUCACACCCUAAGAAUGUCAUACUCCUGGCAUGCGACGCGUUUGGUGUGCUUCCGCCUGUGAGCAAGCUAAGUCUCGCGCAGACAAUGUAUCAUUUCAUCAGUGGCUACACUGCUCUGGUUGCUGGCACUGAAGAAGGGAUCAAGGAGCCACAAGCAACAUUCUCAGCCUGCUUCGGGGCAGCAUUCAUAAUGCUGCAUCCUACAAAAUAUGCAGCCAUGUUAGCUGAAAAGAUGAAAAAGCAUGGUGCCACAGGUUGGCUAGUUAACACGGGCUGGUCGGGUGGAAGAUACGGGUCUGGGAGCCGUAUCAAAUUAGCAUACACUCGCAAGAUCAUUGAUGCUAUACACUCUGGUAGCCUGCUGAAGGCAGAUUACAAGCGAACAGAGGUAUUCGGGCUUGAGAUUCCGACUGAGGUUGAGGGCGUGCCUUCAGAAAUAUUGGAGCCCAUGAACACUGUGAGCUGUUUGUUCUACUCUUGUGUGUUGUCAUUAAUCUGUGUUGAUUUGUUUGGGUUGAGUGAUGAUGGUCGGACUUGUGGAAUGCAGUGGUCAGAUAAAAAGGCUUACAAGGAGACGCUGCUGAAACUGGGUGGCCUUUUCAAGAACAACUUUGGAGGAUUUGUGGCUCACAAGAUUGGCAAGGACGACAAGCUGACUGAUGAAAUUCUUGCUGCUGGUCCUAAUUUCUGAUUGGAUAUAUCAAGAAACUUGGAACUAAACUGAUGAAGCUGAUCGAUGGUUUUCUCAUAUUAUAUUGUAAUCAGAAUGGUUCAAUAAAUUAUAUAUUAAAUUUAUGUUGCAUAGCUUUAUAACAGUGUAUUUGAUGCCCAUCUGAUAUGAAAUUUUAAUUGAUGUA